AUGACCCACCAAACACACUCAUAUCACAUAGUUAACCCAAGCCCAUGACCCCUAACAGGAGCUCUGUCCGCCCUACUCACAACAUCAGGACUAGUAAUAUGAUUCCAUUAUAAUUCAUUAUCUCUUCUAACCCUAGGUACUGCAGCCAAUAUACUAACUAUAUAUCAAUGGUGACGAGAUGUUGUCCGAGAAGGAACAUUUCAAGGCCACCACACCCCUACUGUCCAAAAAGGCCUACGAUACGGAAUAAUUCUCUUCAUCACAUCAGAACUCUUUUUCUUUGCAGGCUUCUUCUGAGCUUUUUACCAUUCAAGCCUAGCCCCAACCCCCGAACUAGGAGGAUGCUGACCACCCACAGGUAUCACACCCCUAAAUCCCCUAGAAGUACCAUUACUUAACACCUCUGUUCUCCUGGCCUCCGGAGUCUCUAUUACUUGAGCCCAUCACAGCCUAAUAGAAGGGGACCGCAAACACAUACUCCAAGCCCUAUUCAUUACAAUCUCAUUAGGCCUGUACUUCACCAUCCUACAAGCCUCAGAAUAUUACGAAGCUCCAUUCACAAUCUCCGAUGGAAUCUACGGCUCUACAUUCUUCAUAGCCACAGGAUUCCACGGCCUCCAUGUCAUUAUCGGAUCUACAUUUCUCAUCGUAUGUUUUCUACGACAAUUAAACUAUCACUUCACAUCUAACCAUCACUUUGGAUUCGAAGCAGCUGCCUGAUAUUGACACUUCGUAGAUGUUGUAUGACUAUUCCUAUAUGUAUCCAUCUAUUGAUGAGGAUCUU